AUGUUCAAGUUUGUUUAUUUCCCAACGCUCGAUCUGCUUGUCUGUACAGACAGCAAGUGUGGUUAUGCAGUCGAAAUUUCAAACGUUAGGCCUCAUCUCCGUAAGACUCACAAGCUCUCCUCGGCAGCAGAGCUAAAGGAAGUUGAACGACUUGUCACUGCCGCCCGCAGUGAGAUCGAUCACAGUCAGAACCAAGAACUUCGCCAAAAAUACAUGCGGACUACCGUCUCCGAUUCUGUCAUGGGACCAAUUCUCCCCACAAUGGACAUCAUUCCAGUUAGACAGUGUUUGAAGUGCCCGAGAUGUGCAUAUAUUUCGCGAAUGGAGGGCACGAUGCGUAAGCAUAUGAGUGGUGCAGAGUGCUCAAAGUCUAAAUUUAUCGACACGGAUACUCCCCACAUUGGCGUUAAUGCCCAAUCCAUAUUUGGUGGCAACAGAAGACAAAAGUACUUCGAGGUUGUUUCUGGUGUUCAAAUCGCACCUCCUUGUGAGAUAACAAAUAUUCUGUUGAAGAUGGAGAGUCGCAAGCCCUCGGGAAUUGCAAAUGUCGACAUCUCGCAUGAGGUUUGAUAAGCAUCUCCAAAACAAUGACCUCUUGUACAAUAAGGCGUUCCAGCUCGCCUCUAUAUCAAAUACACAACGUGAUAAGUAUGCGCGGAGACUCAUGGCAUCAUAUCACAAACGAGCUUUUGACACCACAGAGCGAAAGGUGUACAUCAAAGCUCACUCGUUUAUGGACUCCGACCUAUCUCUCUCCUUAUCAAACAGCGCGGUCGAUUUAUACGAUGCCCGUACAAGUCGCCUAUUAUCGUUUUUGUUUGCUAGUUGCGUGGAUGAGUCAUCCCUCUUCACCCAUUUACCUGGCCGCAGUGUCAAUAUAUUGACCCAUCUCUCCCAUUUCACCAACUCCACGGAGGAUGAGAGUCUGGCCCUGCUGCAUGAAUUACUCUUGUCUCUCUUUUUUGAAGCGAUCUCUGACGAGGAAGAUGGCUUCAUCCUCUUCAUUUCAUGUUCUUCAGUAUUUUCAAGCCGAGACAAAACAUCGUUCCGAUUGGGUACCGCCAACGAGGUGUCCCCUAUGAUCGCUGCACUGAAGCACCUUGCAAAGUGCGUUGCAGUUACAGAGUUGUAUAUAAAAGGUCCUUCUGACACCACGGAAGGCUGGGAACGCAUUGCGAAAGCUACGCAGGGCAACCUAGACACCGGUGUCUGCUUUGUUCAGUACUGCAUAAAAGUGUGCCACAGGGUUCGAGAUGGAGAGAUGCAGAAGGUGAGGUUCAUAUUGUAUCCCCGUCAUCAUCACUGCGCUAUCGUCGACGGUAUCGAACUCUCUCUGUCCAAACUUGGUGAAAAGAUGAAGGCUCUACAGCGCAAAGCAUGGUACUUGCUCAGCGGCGGUAUUAUCAAUGGCCUGGUUAUCACUGCCGAUUUCUGGCAGGCCUGCGCGGAAAUGCAAGACACAUUCACGGACAGAACCCCGAGUUAUUGGUUUGCAAGUCACAGGGCAAAUUUUCAUGUGUAUCGUCACUGGUCCCAUGCUUUGAAGGACAUGCUGCAGCCUGUUAUUCUCGAUGGGCAGGGAAACUUCAACCUGAAGAAAACAAAAGAUUUCAUCAACAAAUGCGAGGAGUUGCAACGCGUUAUCUACGUUUUGCCCCAGAUAUGUUCGGGUGCCCCUGCUCGCGCAAGUGAAGUUGGUGCGGUACAGAUUUGCAACUCAUCUACGGCUUGUCACAACCUGUACCUCAGCAACGGACAGUUGUUCUCUGCCAUAUUCUAUCACAAAAGCAGGAAUAUGCACGAGGGAUUGGGCAAGCCCAUAGUCAGGUACCCAGAUGCGGUCACAGCGGGUAUCAUUAUGGCGUAUCUAAUUGUUGUCCGACCGGUGGAAGGGCUCUGGCAUUAGAUGCACAAGGUCACUGGCACUGAAAUCGAGGCUUAUAGGCAAGCUUCUCAGACCUGGCACAACUCCAAUGGAAUGAAACAUGGGACCUCGUGUCCUUUCGGGGAUGAAAUGUCUGAGUCGAGCCCAGUGUCUGAAAAUGGGAUAUCGGGAAGGGAAUCGAGCAGAGCGUCAGACUCGGAUGGUCUGGUCCACAUUGGCGGUCUGAAAGCAAGAAAGAUUCCCUCACAAGAUGUGGGCUCAAGGCUGGAGAAAAUGGAAGAGGCAAUUUUCAGUAUUCGCUCCGAGCAGGCGAAAUGCAUGUCUGUGUGUCAAACUUUUCAGCAGCAUGUAAUGGAAUCAGUCAAAUCUCUCACUUUUAUCAAAAGAAAUGCAUAAAUGGGUCUAUUUCUGGACAAACACGAGGCACAGUUCCAGUCAAAGGAGCAAGAAAACGCUGUAGACAUGGCCAUUGAUGCCGAAAAAUAUACGCUUGUGGUCCUUCCGACAGGUGCGGGAAAGUCGAUGACAUUCAUGAUGUCUGCUUUCGUGAAACCGAACAAGGCAGUCGUAGUUAGUUUUCCUCUGGUGGCGUUGCAAGAGGACAUUUUGAGAAGGUGCUCUAAAGUUGGAAUACAAGCCUCUCUCUGGCGAGAUCGGGAAGCUGCAGGAUCCAGGGUUAUUAUUGCAAGCGUGGAACAUGUUUCGAAAAAAGAUUACCAAGUCUACAUGGGGAACCUACUCCUGGCUGGCUGGCUCCUUGCCAUAUUUAUUGAUGAGGGUCAUCUGGUAGUACUUUGGCUUGAAUUUAGAGUUGCUAUAGAUACCCUGCGAGACCACAUCCGCCCACUAGGUGUGAGAGUUCCAAUUUAAAUGAAAACUUGGUCUGUUAUUCGACAGCAAACGUCGAGAUCUAACAUCAAGUACGAAGUGAGAGAUGUUACGCGGCAAGCAUUGUACCGGUCUGUUGACGCUACUUUGAGCUCCCAACUGAAGGAAUAUAACAUAUCAGACUGCAGAGCUAUUGUGUACGUUCCAACGAGAGAGUCCUGCAGUUUAUUAACGUCAAUAUUGUCAGGUCUCAUGCCCGGCACGCCUUGCUUUAUGUACCAUGCUGGAAGGAGUCCUGCAGAGCGAACUAACAGGCAAGGUGGUUGGGCUCACACAGCCGACGGAAAAGCACAUAUCAUGGUAGCCACGUCAGCUUUCGGCUGCGGCUUUGACAUUCUAACAGUCCGAAUAGUCAUUCAUGCAGGCUUGCCAGGCAGUCUCAUCGAGUUUAUUCAAGAAAGCGGGAGAGCUGGUCGUGAUGGUGACCUUGGAACAAGUACUGUUUUUAAUGUUUACGGUGCCCAGUGGAAGAGGAUGCCUGCUGACAGGCUUCCCUUCAAGCCAGAUCGACUACAGGCACACGGGCCCACCUCAGAGAGUUUCGUCGGGGAGGUGACACUACUGCAAGGGAACUCCAAGACGUGUCGGAGAUGGAUUUUAGAUCGCUUUGCUGAUGGUGCUGUUCCUUCGAAGUCGUGCUCGGAAAGAGGCAUUCAGGCCUGCGACGUCUGUCACCCCGAGCUUUACAAAUCCGUCCAAAAUGAAAAUGUCACAGAUAUUCAGCAACUGAACAGUCCAACGGGGUCUACGAAUACAAAGAGCAGCACAACCAGUGUAUCUGCCGAUGAGGUUCGGGAAUUUUUUGCCCGCCUGGGAAAAAUGGUUGUCCGGCUUGCACAGUAG